AUGGCGGCUCCAGAAGUUCUUGGAUUAUCAAAACCAUUUGUCGAUCCAGCAGAUGCAAAAGUAGACAUUGUCUUCGUCCACGGAUUGAAUGGCGGCAGAGAAUCAACAUGGACGCAUGAACCAUCUCAUGUAUUCUGGCCGAAGGAUCUCCUACCGAAGGCUUGUCCUGAAGCUAGAAUUCUGGCCUUCGGGUACAGUUCAGGCUGGGUACGCUUCUUCGGCUCGGUUGGUACGCAGGGCAUCUCACAGACGACCAUUGGAGAUCAUUCUGCGGCAUUACUGGGAGACUUAGCAAAAUUACGAGACCGAACCGAAAGUAACGAACAACCACUUAUCUUUGUGGCCCAUAGUCUCGGUGGGCUGGUCGUUGCCAACGCUCUUUCAUCCCCUCACGGUGAUAACAUUGGAGCGCAAAGUGUCGUGAAAGCUACUCGCGGAGUGCUUUUCUUCGGAACGCCUUUUGAAGGUUCAAAUAAAGCCCGAUGGGGUGGAAUCGUAGAGACAUUUCUCAAGGUCUUCACCGAAACAAACCCCAAAAACAUCGAAACACUCAAAGAGCACUCUGAUAGUCUUGUCGCUAUCAACCAUAACUUCGCAAAGUUCUUAAUGAGUCGGGCAAAGUCUCAGAAAGAGCAUUCUGUCGAAGUUGCCAAUUUCUUCGAGGAACUGUCCUUGAAAAUAGGAAGAAAAUCGGUUGGAAGAAUUGUGACGCAAGAUUCAGCCACCAUCGUUGGCGUUGAUCCUAUUGGCAUUGAGGCAGAUCACAUUUCGAUGUGCAAAUUCGAAGAUGAAGAGAGACGUGGUUAUGUCCGCGCUUCGGAGCAGUUGCAGGGCUGGAUCAAACGUUUGCCUCCAGAGCCGAAACAAGAAAAAAGAAAACUCAUCGCAAAAAGUUUUCGGUAUUUCAAGGGAACGUCACUUACGGUAAAAUCGACAACAACCGUGGCGUUGUAA